AGAGCUAAGGAGAGUUGUUGGCUUUAUGGGGCCACCGGGUUCCUAGUCGACAUUGGGAAGUGUGGCUUUGGGGCCUCCGGACAAAAUGGGGUCUGCGAUUGGUGUCCUGGCAAAAGCAAGGCAGAAGGGCCUCGAUUCGGACCCGGUGUUCAGGGCUGGGAUGAUGGGGCCGUUGCGGUGUUGGGGACGAAAGCGAAGUGCAUCUGCUGUUGGGAACGGCUUCGUGAGAAUCCAUAGGUUAUAGGGUCACAGCCUUGGAAGCUGCCCCCCACCCCCCCACACACACCCCAUCGUUGUUGUUGUGACAAGCGAGUGUUGGGACAUAGCGCACCCUCUUUCCCCUUCUGAUUCCCGAAAGCCGGCAAACGGGAGUCCUGGAGGACCCGGCCCAGGCAGCGUGAACGUAGGAGAGGAGGUCGCUCAAGAAAUGCCCGGUGAAGCCACAGAAACGGUCCCUGCUACAGAGCAGGAGUUGCCACAGCCGCAGGCUGAGACAGGAUCUGGAACAGAAUCUGACAGUGAUGAAUCAGUACCAGAGCUUGAGGAACAAGAUUCCACACAGGCUACCACACAACAAGCCCAGCUGGCAGCAGCAGCUGAAAUCGAUGAAGAACCCGUCAGUAAAGCAAAACAGAGCCGGAGUGAAAAGAAGGCACGGAAGGCUAUGUCCAAACUGGGUCUUCGACAGGUUACAGGGGUUACUAGGGUCACUAUCCGGAAAUCUAAGAAUAUCCUCUUUGUCAUCACAAAACCAGAUGUCUACAAGAGUCCAGCAUCAGAUACGUACAUAGUUUUCGGGGAAGCAAAGAUUGAGGAUUUAUCUCAGCAAGCACAGCUAGCAGCUGCUGAGAAAUUCAAAGUUCAAGGUGAAGCUGUCUCAAACAUUCAAGAAAACACACAGACUCCAACUGUACAAGAGGAAAGCGAAGAGGAAGAGGUUGAUGAAACAGGUGUGGAAGUUAAGGACAUAGAAUUGGUCAUGUCACAAGCAAAUGUGUCGAGAGCAAAGGCAGUCCGAGCCCUAAAGAACAACAGUAAUGAUAUUGUAAAUGCUAUUAUGGAAUUAACGAUGUAACCAUCUAUAAAAGACAAGGACCUUUUUUUGGUGUUUCAAAAGAGUCACUGCAGCUUGGUUUGAAAUUUGUACUGUUUCUAUCAUUAAUAAAGUUAUGGCUUCUUGUGGGAUGAACUCA